UCUAAAUAUAUGUAUGAUAGAUACACAAGACACAAGGAUGUUAAUUUUGUUCAAAUUCUAAAUGUGAAGAAAACCCAGUCACAGUCUGUUUGCCACUACAUGUAAAUGCAUUUGAUAAUGCACAUUACCUUUUAAAAAUCCCACCUUUCAUUACAAAGUUUUAACAAAGCAUGACAAAAAUUUUACACGUUAAUUGAGGAAAAACGGAGUUUGACAAUGAGGAAUCUUGGUAACUUCUUGGUUGUUUUUGGUUCUGUUGGUAUUUUCACAGUAGAAGCACAGAGCUAUUAUGAUUACAAUUCGUCCUAUACUUCUUACACGACAUAUGACAAUACACUGGUUUACGUAGGAGCCAUCAUUGGAGUUGUUGUUUGCAUUGCCAUUGUGAUUAUUGUUGUUGUAUGCGUAUGUUGUCGACGACAUCAUGGGGCAGCUGGAACUGUUAUCCACUCAAAUCCUUCAAAUGUCGUUUUUAGCACCUCACAACAUGGGCAACAUGCAAUACAUUAUCAACGGCCCGCAUUCUAUCAAUCUCAGCAGAGUACUUCUCAAUUACAACUUCUUUCCCCUGGAUUUCACACCCACCAGCCAUUUCAACAGAGUACAGGAAAUCUUCGUCCAUUGCAAAUGUUAAACAGGGUCACUUCGUCUGCUCAAUCGUUACCAGACAUGAGCACAUUACAGGACUUUGGAUCCUUUCUUCAAGAUUCAUUCACAGGGGCGGAUAGCUUGAUGUCUUGUUCUGAAGCUAUACUUUAACGAGACAAUUUCUAAAAAUAUCUCUGCCUAUUCGGCAGCAAGACAGUUAUUGUUAUUAAUUUCUUUUCAAAAAAGAAAUAAAGUUAUUGAAUUACAUGAAUUAUAUGUUAUUUAGAUGACAUAGAGCAUUGUUUA